GCUCUCUCCUUUCCUUUCCCUAGACAGUUACGGCCCUGCGACGCGUCGCCAUCUUGACCACGCGUUGGAACUUGGGACGAGAACACCGUUUCUCCCGCGCAGUGACAUGAGUGACACGCAGUUCAGUAUUCAGUAACGGUCGAGCUUCGCCAUUGAACUAGGGAGGAAUCGAGGCACUAGGCGAGGCUAGAGAACGCGAUAUCUCCCCCGACUCGGUGAGACGAGCCGCGGGAAAAAACUAUUUAGUAAUUUCGCGCUGCGAUUUUGGGUAUAUAUCCUCGCCGGGUUUUUGUAUACACGAGUAUACGAUACACCACGAGAAUUCGAAUAAUAUUCGGCGCCCCGAACGAUGGACGGCGAAACGCCGAGACCGAUGACGCUUAUCAGCGGCCAGCAGGCAACGACCGUUGUGUGCAAUCUGCUGACCGCGACGACUCCGCGUCUCACGCCGACGGGGAAGAUCAGCCACGCGAAGACCCGGGUGUACACACAGCGCUACAGAAAGGAAUGGGAGCAGAUGCAGGAUUUCAAAGGAUGGUUAACUUCAGUACCGCAUCAACCGACUCGUGCCUACUGCAUCUAUUGCAAGAAGAAUUUGCACGCGCACCGUCUGUCGCUAUUAAAGCAUACGUGCACGAUGAAGCAUCAGCGUGCGGCUCUAGCGCACAAGAUGGAAGAAAAGAAGAGUUCCCGGAAGUGGGAUGCGAAUGCACUCGAAGUAGGCCUCAUCGAGGAAGUCGAGGCUGUAGAUGAUCCUCGGACAGAAGGAGAUGAAGAAAAUGAAGAGGAUAUUGAAUAUAUUGUUGAGAGAUUAGACACAGAUGAGGAAGAAGCAACAGACAUGCAAGUUGUCAAAGAGGAAACUGGAGAAAUAAUUGAUGAUGAAGAAGAAGGAGAGAAAGAAAUAGUUAGUGAUCUGUAUACACAAUUGCAAUCUGAUGAUGAGGACAUGAAGCCUGUAAUAAAGAAAGUCAAAUUAUCCAAUCAAAAAUGUCGAGAUACAUUGGCCGAGGCAAUGGCCCAUGUUCAUAGCGAAUAUCUUGAAGAGGAAGUUGAGGAUCAGGGGAAUGUGCAGAUGGAAAUGGUAGUAGAAUCAGCUAAUCCAGAUGUAUCUGUUCUAUCUGAUGCAGCGGAUGACACCAAAGAAAGUUUAAAGGAGAUGCUCGAGAAUGAAAACACAGAAAUUAAAAUCGAUAAGAAAUCGACAGGAAAAGUUCCCCAGGAGAAUAAUAAACCUGAUUUGAUUGUGACGCCUUCAUUGCCGGUAUUGGACACGACUUAUCAGACAAACAUUAUUUCAUCAACGCCGACUCAGAACACGAUUAAUUUUUUGCCGAUCGCGCCUAAUUUGAAAAAUAACAAAACCAUUACAUUGAUGUGUGGAAAUAAAACAUUUACAUUAACCGGCGGCACGUUCCAACCGGGCACACAAUAUGUGUUGACCAAGCUCAAGGGCAAGCCGUUGAUGAUGGCUGAUCCAAAAAAGACCAUUGCAGUAUCUGAGCCGGAUAAGAUCAAGAUAUCGAAUCUGCCUACUUCUGCCACUAACCAGUCAUCACCGGUUACUCCUAGUACUAGUCAGCAGCCAAUUGUCAGCAUUAAUCAACAGUCGAAUGCUGCUAAUAUCAAAGGGCAAUCAUCAUCUAAGAAAAUUUAUUUGGGGAAGCAACCAAUAAAAUCUACCACAACGAGGAAAUUACGUAUCUCCACUUAUGUUAUAGACAACACGAAAGGAAUUCCGAUUGGCGGCUUGCAAGUCAGUUUAUAUAAACUGAUGGAUGGAAAAUGGACUUUCUUGAAUGAGAGUAAUACAAAUGCUGAAGGCUACUGUGUCGAUCUAGUGGAAAAGGUAAAUUGCACAAUUGGCCGUUAUAAGAUUCAUUUCGAUGUCGAUAAAUACUUCACACUGAGAAGAAUAGAAACCAUGUUUCCGUUCGUCGAGAUCGUAUUCGACGUGAAAAAUCCGAACGGUCACUAUCAUAUGCCACUUUUGUUGAGCCCGUUUAGUUACUCGACUUAUCGUGGCACCUAAAGUGUGGUUUUCUAUCGAAUAUAUUUCUUUGCGAUGUAGACAAGUUGCGAGGAAAGAUUUCGCGAUUGAUAUCACGCUUACAUAUUAUAUAUAUAUAUAAUAAACGUAAAAAAAUGUAUAUUAAUGUAUUUAAUAUAAAAAUGAUUAAAUUUUCACAAUGCGAGCGUGAUACAAAUAGUCAUACAUAAUCAUUUUAUAUCUUAUAUACAAUAUUAUAUAAGAUAAAUAUAAAUAAAGUAUGUUAAAUAUGUUAUGUAAGUAUGUUAAAGUAUGUGUUACUUUAUUUAUAUUUAUUAUAAGAUAUGACAAUUGAGAUAGUUAUCAUUAAAUAGAAUAUGUUUCGUAUAAGGUAUAAUAAAGUAUGGUAUAGUAAUUAUACUAAUAAUAUUAAUAGUAACAAGAGAAAAAAUAUUCUUUGUUAAUUAUUACUUUGCAUACUUUCAUAAAAGCGGCAAAAUGCGAUAGAUAGGAUAUUUGUUAAGAGAUAUUUUUGCUAUAAUAUGUACAUAACAUAUGUAAGUUAGUGUAUAUGUAGUUAGAAUUAUAUUUUUACUAUAAGAUAAAUUUCUAUGGCGACAAUUUGCACAUUACAAUAAAUUAGGAAAAGAACUAGCCUAAAAUUGUCAAAUAUUUAAGUAUAUUAGCUAUAGAAACAUAAAUAUCUUAUUUUCAGCAUCUCAUCUAGAAAUAAGCAUCUUAUUUUCACUAUUUUUUUUAUCCUUCACUAGUUUCUUUUUUUCUAUUUUCUUAUUUCAUAAGAUUUUUUUUCUGACUAUACUACUAUAUUUGAUAGCAGCAUAUCUAUGCCUUUUAGCGUAUGUAAUAUUGAUGUAUACUGCUAUCACUAUUUUAAGUAGAAUUGUGUAAGUAUAUAUAAUUUACACUCACAUAUGUAAUAUAUAUGCACACGAUUUAUAUUUUUCUAAAAAAAAAGAAAAAAA